GCUCCAUCCAAGGAAGCUGUUUUUACCUUCUUCUGUUUAUUAUUUUUUUCCUUUUUUCUGCCUCUUUCUUCUUUUUCAUCUCCUCUAUUUUUUCUUCCUCGUUCGGAGAAUUUCAUGUUCCGUCCCCUAAUCUUAUUCUUUGCGGUUUAGCACGUAGAGCAUCGGAUCGAGAGAGAGAGAGAGAGAGAGAGAGAGAGAGAGAGAGAGGCCAGUCCUAGUGAAGCAGUGUCCUUGGAUUUCUUCCAUCCCGUAUGCUAUGUCCUUCUCAAGUUUUUUGUUUUCUUUGUUAUUUCCCUUGUUCUUUAAAUGGGGUAAGGACCGGUAGGGAGAAUAGAUAUUUUAGUUUUUGAUUUUUUUAAAAUAAUUUUCUAUUGGUUUUUGGAUUGUACCGUAUGGUUGGCACUUGAACUUGGGGAUCUCGUUUAUUGCGUCAUCAUGAUGAUAGUGGAUUUUGUCUUUAACUAGCUUUUCUAUUAUCUGCGUUGGUUUUACUAGCGUUCUUUGAUUCGUCUUGUUUAACCUCCAAUCAUCAGAUAAUUGAUUUUAUUAGUGUCUGUUUCAGGGAUUCGUUCUCCUGGCUUAGGGAUUUUAUACUUGUUUACUUUAAAUUGGGUUAUUUUCUUUUGAUAAUGUUUCUGUCAUUUCUGGUGAUUAUGUUUCCAAAUUUCUCUACUUGCCCCAAUUCCUUCGAGAUUUUAUCAUGGAUCUGGGUCUAUUACCAUUCAUCUCUUCAGAUCCUGAUUGAUUUAGUGCUAACUGGACGGUAGAAGGAUGACUGUUGUGUCUUUCUCUGGGGCAAAUUCUAACUCUAAAUUUUCAACUCAACCUUAGUUUCAACUAAAUUUGGAAUUUUGCACUACAUUUACAACAAAAGUGUUAUAACAUAUAAUUUUUAUUAGUUUGAUUGAAUUACUUCUGUUAUAUGCGAGCUUUGCAUUUUUUGUUCCUUUCUUUUUCAUUUUCUUCUUGUAGCAUACUGAUUGGUGGAGCAUUUGGAUUUGUAUGGUUGGAUUCAGAUGAAUACAUGUGCCAAUCAUGUCUCCUAAAACAGACACUUCUAGUGAAGAUCAGUCACGGCACUACAAGUCCAGUCAGGGCAAUUAUGGUGAAGAAUCUUUUAUAAUGGACGAUUCUCUUAGUUGUAUAUCAGGCUGUGAAAUCUGUUCUUCAAGCUUUAGUGAUAUACAGGCUACUCUGAAUGUGCAGGGCAGGGAGGAUGGUUAUGCUACCUUAAAUACUGAUGAAAAACUGAGAGAUUUCAAGGAAAAGUCUUCUCUUGAUGGGAGCAAUGAAGGUGGCUCCAGAUGUCACAUUUCAUCUGGAAAAAAAAUAUCAUCUAGUUCAUUUGAAAAUAACGAAGACGAAAACAAAUUAAGCAAUGGCAUCUUGGAUGAUGCUCAAUCCAAAAAUUCUAGGCUUGUUUCGUAUCAUAUUCAAAAUCACAUGGAUGGCGAUAUUCUUCCAUGGUUUCCUGAUUUCGAAUCAGAUCCUUACAUCUGGCUACCUCCUGAACCAGAAAACAUGGAAGAUGACAAACCCAGCAUUGCUGACAAUCAUGAUGAUGAUGAGUACAGCAGUACAGAGUGGAAACAGGCAAGUUCUUUAAGCAGUUUGGAUGAGCAUCAUGGAAGCAUUCAAACUUCCAGAGAGAAAAGACAAAAGGCAAUGUUAGAAGCAAUGAAUGGACAAUUCAAGAUUCUCGUUAGUCGUUUUUUAGCAUCAGAAGGUGUUACUUUUUCUAGGAUAGAUGAUGAUAAUGGGUGGGUAGACAUUGUUGCUUCCCUAUCUUGGAAAGCUGCAUUGCUUGUGAAGCCAGAUGCUACUGAAGGACGAGCAAUGGAUCCUGGGGAAUAUGUGAAGGUGAAAUGUAUAGCAUCUGGUAGUCCUCAACAGAGCGAACUGAUCAAUGGAUUAGUGUUUAAGAAGAAUGCUGCUCAUAAGCACAUGCAGACCAAGUUCAAAAAUCCUAAACUCCUACUUCUUCAGGGGAUCCUUGGCCAUUCUUCUGUAGGUUUAUCAUCAUUUAACUCCAUGGAGCAGGAAAAGGAAUAUUUGAAGAGCAUGACUGAAAUGAUAGAGGCUUGUCAUCCAAAUGUGGUUUUAGUGGAGAAAAAUAUUUCUCGUGACAUACAAGAAUCUCUGAUCGAGAAAGGAAUAACUAUGGUGUCCGAUAUGAAGCAUCAUCGGUUGGCAAGGAUUUCUUUAUGUACUGGUUCUCCUAUAAUUUCUUCUUCUAAUUUUCCAACGAAAUUGAUCCUGCCACAUUGCGACUUUUUCCACAUUGAAAGGUUUGUGGAAGAAUAUAGUAAUGUUAGUGAAGGUGGAAAAAAGCCAAGCAAAACCUUAAUGUAUCUAGAAGGAUUUCAAAAACCAUUGGGUUUUACUAUAUUGCUGAAGGGUGCUGAGAGUAAUGAACUGAAACAGAUUAAGCGGGUUGUUCAAUACACAGUUUUUGCCGGAUACCAUUUGAUACUUGAGACUUCAUUCUUGGCAGAUCAAAGAGUGUUUUUCACUGAUAAUAAUGUUGCAAGAAGAGAAAGUGGAAAUUUGAAUAGUGAACCAUUUUGCUUGAUUAACCAUGAAGGUUGUUUGUCUUUUGUAGCUUCAGAGCAAGGAGUAGAUGUUCCAAUAUGCAGUGGUUCAUUUGGUAGUUUUAAAGAUGGGAUGACAUCAUCAGAUUCUCACUUAGCAUAUAUGAUUUCUGAAAAAUCUGGUUUUGUUGACACAAAUAUGUUAGGCUCCUUUCAAUCUAGAAAUUUGCCAUCUCUUCUCUCUUCCCAUCAUGGAGACAAAUCUACUUCCAAUGCUGAAUCUUCUUCAGUAGAGUUUGUCAUUCAAAAUACAAUAUACGAUGGAAAAAAAACUGAUCACAGAAUCUCAGAAAACUCUGAAACUAAAGAAGUAAAGCUAGGUAAUGGAGCUUUUGAUUAUAAGGGCAAUCGGAUCAAGGGCUCUAUUAAUGUCGACGAUGAUGCUUACAUUUCUAAGAAACAACAGAAGGAUGAAGUUGAGAGUGUAUUGGAUUCACAGAGUAUUUUGGUUUUACUUUCAAAACAGUGUAUAACAAAAGCAACCAUAUGCGAUCAGAGUCAUCUUUCCCGUAUUAAAUAUUAUGGGUACUUUGACAUUUCACUAGGACGAUUUCUGAAAGAUAUGUUGCUUGAUCAGAGUGGUUGCACUUCUUGUGGUGAACCACCAGACGCACAUGUUUACUCUUACACUCAUCAGAAUGGGAAUUUAAGUGUAUACAUCAAGAAAAUUUCUCCUGAUUUCCAUCUGCCCGGUGAGUCUGAAGGGAAAAUUUGGAUGUGGACUCGUUGUUUGAGAUGUAAGAAUGGAAGUGAGAUACCCACAAGGAGAGUCCCCUUAUCUAGUUCGGCAUGUAGUCUUUCAUUUGGGAAGUUCUUAGAACUCAGUUUCUCUGGUCAUUCUGCAGCUAGUAGGCUAUCUGACUGUGGCCAUUCAUUGCACAGGGAUUUCCUACGUUUUUUUGGAUUAGGCUCGAAGGUUGCUAUGUUUGUUUAUUCAUCAAUCAAGAUAUAUGUUGCUUGUAAACCACCACCUGUUUUGGAGUUCCAUGAUCCAAAAGGACAAGAGUGGUUUAAGAGAGAAAUGAAAGAUGUUCUUUCUCGAGGGUGCAAACUUUUCUCUGAAGUUUCAGACCUGUUGCAGAACUUAAAGUCUAGAUAUAUUGGCACUCAAGUCAAACAAUGUGCUAAGAUCUCAGGUUCACUCAAAGGAUUUGCUGAAGUUGAAGAGAUGUUGAUACUGGAAACGGCUGAAUUUGAGGCUUCUUUGCUGAAGGCAACUUAUGAGGUUCUUGGUUUAAAGUGGCUUAACCAGGAGCUCCUUCUUGAGUUAUAUAUUUGGGACCGCCGUUUAGAUUGCCUUUUCCGAGAUAUGAAAUGCCCAAGGGAAAGUGUGCUUGUAGUUGAUGAAGUUUCCACAGUGCCUAGUCAUGAAGAUGAAACAACCUCUUCUGCUGAUGACAUACAAAUUGAUGCUGAUGUUCAAUCAACUAAAAUUUUUGUUGAGACAAAUGAUAACUCCAAUAAGCUUCUUGAUAUUGGUUUGGCUGAGUUGGUACAAUCAGACAGAAAGUUUUCUGAUAAAUCACUGAAUGAUGUGUUGGUAUCAUCUUCUCUUGAACUCCCACGGAAACCAGGUGAUUUACCUUCAUCUCCCAGAGAUAGUAACAGUAAUGAGAAAGUGUCUGCAUAUAUUUCCAGUGACAUACAAUUUGAUCAUUCUAUAGAAGCUGUUGAAGAUCCUUUUGUCAAUAAAGCAAUUGAUGAUCUGAAAGAUGACGAGGCAGUUGCUGAUUCCGAAAUGACUACUAAACCCUCUGUGAAUGAUUCUUCUACAAGUGUUUAUGCAAAAUCAGAAGGUCCAGAAGAAUUGAUUUGGGCUCCAUUUUCUGAUUUAAAGAGGGAAUACAGAAAGGAUCUCAAUGGUGGCUCAUAUCGAAAGUUCAAAUUUAUUAAUGCCUACACGCCAUCUUAUCUUUCUCCAUUGCAUCAGCUUUCUUCUGGUGAAAUGGACUCAUUACACUUUCCAAUCGGCCCUGGUGAGAAUAUCCUAUCUGUUACCCAGGAUGAGAUAUCAAGUAUAAUUGCCUGUGCACUUUCCAUAUCUGAAGAUCAUUCUACCUUGUCAGACAAUGAACCAAAGGAGCUACGUAAAUCUUAUAGCUUGACAUCUGAUAGUUCUGGGAUCUCUACAAAUUGGGUUUCUACAGGAUCAUCAGAGACUGAAGGAAUAAAUAUGCCACACAGGAACUUUUCACUCUUGUCCGAUGAGUCUUUCACCUCAAUUUCUGAAGAUUCAGUAUCUGUUGAUCAUUUGCUAGCAUCAGAUACUCUGCAUCCUGAAGUGGCUGUGGGGAUGGAUAAGGUUUCUGGGAAAAGUAUUUUCUUUGUCGUUUGCAUAUAUGCGAAGCAAUUUUAUACUCUCAGAAAGAAAUGUUGUCCUUCAGAACUUGUUUACAUAACUUCCUUAAGCCGUUGCAAGAAGUGGGAUGCUCAAGGAGGGAAAAGCAAAGCUUUUUUUGCAAAGACACUGGAUAACAGGCUCAUAAUUAAACAAAUCAAGAAGACAGAACUGGAUUCCUUCCUAAAGUUUGGACCUGAUUAUUUUAAGCACGUUUUUCAUUCUUUCGAUUCAGGGAGCCAAACUUGUCUUGCUAAAAUCUUAGGAAUGUAUCAGGUUCGGCAAAUUAAGAAUGGGAAAGAAAUAAAAACUGAUCUCAUGGUGAUGGAAAAUCUUCUUUUUGGACAUGAAGUUUCACGAACAUAUGAUCUGAAGGGUGCUAGCUUUGCUCGAUAUGUCACUGAUGCAAAGUAUGGCAAAACAGUUCUCUUGGAUCAAAACUUUGUGGAGGACAUGUGUAAAUCCCCCAUAUAUCUGGGUGGGAAAACUAAACAUCUUCUUCAACGGGCCAUUUGGAAUGAUACUUCAUUUCUCACUUCUAUCAAUGUCAUGGAUUACUCUCUACUUGUUGGAGUGGAUGAUGAACGAAAAGAGCUUGUGUUUGGCAUUAUAGACUAUUUGAGGCAGUAUACAUGGGACAAGCAGCUGGAGACUUGGGUGAAAGCUUCGAUGGUCGUUCCCAAGAAUGAACUACCAACGGUUAUUUCACCUAAAGAGUACAAGAAAAGGUUCAGAAAAUUCAUGAGCAGAUACUUUUUAGCAGUUCCUCAUAGUUGGAACUAUGAACACUGUUCACUGACAUGCGUAUUUUGUGUCGAUGGAAAAAAGAAUUCGGCCAAAGUUCAUAAUGCAGAGCUGUCAGAUCAGUGAUAGAAAAAUUCAAAGUCCUUCUCGGCAGAAAAUUCAAUUUCAUUCUGAUUUUUUUUCUGUUCUUGCUUCGUUAUUGUAUAUAGUUAUUGCUUGUUCCUCUCACUAUUUGCGAUUUUAAAGCAAAUUUGUGGGUUAUGCUAGUUCCACUAUAUUUGUACCUAUAGUCAUUUUAAACAGAUUCAAAAUUUGGUGUUUCAUAGUGAUGUUUCAGUACAUACGUUUGUCAUCAAAUAAAAGCUAAGCAUUUUUGACCGUGGA